AUGGCAAACUACGACAUCAAAAUCAUCUCCGACACCGUCUGUCCCUUCUGCUACCUCGCCCGAGCUCGCCUCGGCCGCGCCAUCGCCCUCUUCAAGAAAACCGUCCCCGGCGCAUCGUCGUCCACAUUCACCAUCCGCUGGCACGCCUUCCAGCUAGACAGGUCCAUACCGCAGGGCCAAUCCACCAGGGUGCAGGACAUCGCCGUAGAGCGCUUUGGCGCCGACCGUCUGGCUUCCAAGCGCGCGCGGAUGGCGCAGAUGGGCGACCAGGAAGGCUUCGGGUUCACAUUCAGCGGCCGCAUUGGCAAUACGAGGGAUUCUCAUAGGAUGUCGCAUCUAGGCAGAAAGUUGGGCGGGUUUGAGCUGGAAGAUAGGGUGCAGGUGGCCGUGAUGAAGAUGUUUUUCGAGGAGGGCGGCGAUAUCACGAGCUAUGAUGACUUGGUCGCUGCGGGGGAGAAGGCUGGUAUUGAGGGGGGCGUGGCGAGGAAGUGGCUUGAGGAUGGAUCUGGAGGCGAGGAUGUUGAUCAGGAAGUGGACGAGAUUGAGAAGUUGGGGAUGAAGGGUGUGCCGAGGAUCUUGAUAGAUGACAAGUUUGUGAUUGAGGGCGCGGAUGAUGUGACGGACAUGUUUGAGCAGCUUUACAAGGCAAAGGAGGAGAAGGACAAGGGUGAGAUUCAAGUGCAGGUGUAA